AGAGUGUCACAUACACCAACUGGUUGCCUGCAGAGCCCAAUAAUUGUGGUGGAAAAGAAACAUGUGGUUCUAUAGUUUCAUCUGCUCAGUGGGUUGAUUUUUCAUGUUCAGGGCUACGACCUUUCAUAUGCUAUAACGCUAAUUUCAAUGUCUCUGCCAAAUUCAUCCUCAUCACUAGUCCUGUGUUGUCCUGGCUCGAUGCUCGGGCUUACUGCCGACAACAUCACACAGACUUGGCCAGCGCUCUUAACAGCUCAGACUCCAACAUGUUAUACCAGUUGGUGCCACCCACUUAUACUUGGAUUGGGUUAUACAGAGACACUUGGAAGUGGACGAAUAGUACCAACGCUACAAACCUCUCAUGGGCUCCUGGACAACCUGAUAAUUAUUACGGCAAUGAGAACUGUGCAGUGAUUAAUAAUGGAACGUUUAUUGAUUUACCCUGCAGCCACCAGUACUAUUUCUUAUGUCACACCAAUUUCCCAACAAGGAGUCAGUUAGUGAGACUGCAGGUGGUGUCUGAUGUGAGGGAAUUAGAUCAAUCGUCCAUUUUAGAUCAGAUCAAGCAGAAACUGGAGGAAAAUGGCAUGGUGCAGAACACCACAGUGACCUGGAAGGUACAGCCAGAUGGAAACAUCUUCCACAAGAAAAGAAAGGAUGACCCGUAA